AUGCAAUUUCGGGUUCGCGACGGAGUUGGCAUCGAGACUCCAGCACUCGCCGUCCGCAGCUUUGCUGCCCUGCUCGAUGGUCUCCGUCUACCGUGGGCGGUGCUCUUUGUUGAUCUUGCCGCGGCCUUCUACACGGUCGUGAGACAGAGCCUAGUCCCUAAUCCUGACACUGACCAAGGGUUCCUUUCGUUGUUGCAUGCCUUGCAGCUGCCUCCGGAUGCUAUCGAAGAGUUGCAUGCACACCUCCUUGUUGCCUCCGAGCUGCCACUUCAGGGUGUGGGUGUGCAUCAAGUCGAGCUCGUCAGGGACUUGUUUGUCGGCAGCUGGUUUAGGCUAAGUACUCACUCUGCCCUUAUCCUCACACAUCGGGGCAGUCGCCCAGGGGACCCGCUGGCAGACCUUCUGUUUGCCUUUACCCUGGCUGCUUAUCUUCGACGGGUGAACCAACUUUUGUCGGAUGCAGGGCUCAUGCAUUCCCUCCCAGCUCCUGAUCGGAGGCCAGCCUGGUUCGAUGGACCGGACUCUGUCACCAUUGGCAAUCCUGCUUGGGCCGACGACUUUACUUGGCCCAUUACGGCACCGUCCUCCGAUGCACUUGUUGAAACCGCCCAGGUUGGCACCUCUAUCCUCCUUUCCCAUGCCUCUAGCAUUGGCAUGUGCUUGAAGUUCGGCCCCGAUAAAACUGCUCUCCUCCUGCCGGAAACAGUGAAGAAGAAUUCGGAGCGCCUACUCAGCGUUGAUGAUGAGGGUGGAUUGUGCCUUCAUGUCAGCGACAAGUGCACCGGUGCGACCUGUUUCUUGCCACUUGUCAGCGUGUACAAACACCUUGGAGGUGUGAUUACCUCCAACUCUUCGCCCCUGCCUGAUCUCUAUCAUCGAUUCUCUAGAGCCGAAGGUACUGCACGCCCUCUCCGUCAGGUUUUCUUUGGCUCUAAACAGUUCACACUGACAGUGCGCAGGGCGCUGCUUGGUGCGCUAGUCAUUUCCAAAUACACGCAUACCGGGGCAGCGCUCAUUGUACGUGCUGCUUGCCACAUGCGAGUAUGGGAGAGGCAGUACGUGCGGCUUUGGCGGAAUCUCUUUCGCCGCACCGCGCCCGAACAACAGGAACACUCCCUCGCCGUCCUCUUCCGAGCGUCGGCCGUUGCGCCCCCGCUUGCGCUGGCCAAAUCGCGUGCGCAGUUCCUUUCCAAACUCUUCUCCCGUGGCCCCCUGGACUUGGCCGCGCUCCUUGUUGACCACUACCUGCUUCAUCCGGCCUCCUCAUGGCUUGAUCAGUUGCGAGCCGAUGUUGCGUAUGCUGCCAUCUUCUUGCCCGACCUCCGGAAUGUCCUUGCUGCAGGCAAGGAAGUUGCAGGACUUGUCGAAGCUUCACGUGACAAUCCUCAGUGGUGGCCGCAAACUCUUCGACGUGUCGAGAAGUUGUUUUUUCAGGACCUGCAGGCAUGGCAUACCGGACACAUCGCCCGAGAUGCAGUCUCUGGAGUGUCUGUGUCCCUUCCCCACUCAUCUGCUGAUAGGGCAUACCGUUGUUGGCUGUGUGAUAAGGCUUUUGUCCUUCGAAAGCAUUUGCAUCUUCAUUUAGCGAAAUCACAUGGUUGGCUCAGUCCGGCUCGGCACUUCGCUAUCUCUGAGGCUUGCAGUGCUUGUGGCAAAUACUUCGGGGACGUUGCUCAAGUCCAGCAGCAUCUCAAGUCUUCCAGUCGCUGCCUCCUUCGGUGCUGCUAUUUACAUCCGCCUCUGACCAAAGAACAAAUUGCGCAGGUCGAGGCACCAGCUAAGAAGCGCGCCAAAACCGUCAAAGCUGGUUGCUGGCGUGCUUUCAAGCCGCGUGCACACCCUGCGCCUGCUCCUCUCACUUUUGGCCCUCUUUGGCCUACCGCCCUUGAGCGCUGCUCGGGCAUCGUCCUCGACGAACAACAGCCUCUCUCCACCCUCGCACGCCCCUACACUCCUCAGGCAUCCACGGUCACCUGGAUUGAGGCGUAUAUAGCGGGCAAGUCACAAGAGGGGCCCAGGACUACGGCUGUGCGCUACUGGCAGCGCAAGCCUACGUCCUUUUUUUGA